AUGAAAAACAAAACCAUGUUGACUGAGUUCAUCCUUCUGGGUCUAACAAAUGUCCCUGAACUCCAAGUGGCAGUUUUCAUCUUUCUUUUCCUUGCCUAUUUACUCAGCAUCAUUGGAAAUCUGACUAUCUUCAUCCUCACCUUGCUGGAUUCCCGUCUUCAGACCCCCAUGUAUUUCUUUCUCCGGAACUUCUCCUUCUUGGAAAUUUCCUUCACAAACAUCUUCAUUCCCAGAGUCCUGAUUAGCAUCUCAACAGGGAACAAGAAUAUCAGCUUUGCUGGCUGCUUCACUCAGUAUUUCUUUGCCAUAUUCCUUGGGGCAACAGAGUUUUACCUUCUAGCUGCCAUGUCCUAUGACCGCUAUGUGGCCAUCUGCAAACCCCUGCAUUAUGCAACCAUCAUGAGCAACAGGCUCUGUACCCAACUGGUUCUCUGCUGUUGGCUGGCCGGGUCAAUGGCUAUCAUACCACCAAUCAUCCUGAUGAGUCAGCAGGACUUUUGUGCAUCCAACAGGCUGGAUCACUAUUUCUGUGACUAUAAGCCUCUUCGGGAGCUCUCCUGUUCAGACACAAGCCUCAUAGAGAGGGUUGUUUUCCUUGUGGCAUUUUUGACCCUGGGGGCCACUCUCAUGAUAGUGAUUCUCUCUUAUACAUUCAUCAUCAAGACUAUUCUGAAGCUCCCCUCUGCCCAGCAAAGGACAAAAGCCUUUUCUACUUGUUCUUCCCACAUGAUUGUCAUUUCCCUGUCUUAUGGAAGCUGCUUCUUCCUUUAUGUUAUGCCUUCAGCAAAAGAAGGGGAUACAUUCAACAAGGCAGUAGCUCUACUUAUUACUUCAGUUGCCCCUUUGUUGAACCCCUUCAUUUAUACCCUACGGAACCAACAGGUAAAACAAGCCUUCAAGGAUAUAGUCAAAAAGCUUAUAAAUCUUUAA